GCACUUGCGCGCGCCGUGCGCAUAACGAAGAUGGCGGACUAACAGUAGUGGUGUUUGGUUUACAAUCGUCUCCGAAAUUGAUCCAAAACGCGGUAUUCCGUUGCGAUUUAAUUACGUGCGCAAUGUGGCGCGACCUUUUGUCACGCGCCCUUCUAACGUGCGCGAUCGGCGCUUGCUCGAUUCUCGGUGACAUCGGGCUCAAGCACGGCAAGAAUGAGUCGGCGCGCGCGGCGUUUGACAACGCGACGCACGCAACAGUAGGCGGUCUCACGUGGAUGUUGAUCGUCGUCCUCUCGCGAAAGUCGAUCGUGCGCAAUCUGAACAGUAUAUUCUCUUGCUUCCUGCUGGCGUCCUUUAUUGAUCUGGAUCAUUUUAUCGCGGCGCGCAGUUGGCAUAUUCAUGAUGCCACACACUUGCAAAAACGGCCCUUCCUGCAUUGCACCACCAUUCCUAUUUUACUCUGGAUACUUUUUAUCUCACUCUCCAAUGUUUUUCAUUCUCCUCUAUUGGAACACACUUCCUGGGUGAUACUGGCUGCUUUCCUAAGUCAUCACAUACGAGAUGGUACUAGAAGAGGCCUGUGGUUCUGUCCCUUUGGAUCUACCCAUCCUAUUCCUUACUACUUAUAUGUGAGUCUUUGUAUGUCCCUUCCUUAUAUAUUACAUUGGCUUAUGAACCUGCAUACGUUUGUGCAAAGAAGUAAUGAUGAUAUUAUUCUCAUAGAUAUAUGAGACUCAUUUUAUUAGAAUGCAUAUUUUACAAACUAAGUGUUGAAACAAUUGGAUACCUUUUUAAAGAUACAUAUGAGAGCUAUUAAGUAUUUAAGUACCAACUAAGAACAAUGGUAGUUCAAUCGAUAAUAAAAUACCAAUUUUUCUAGUUUAGAGUUUUUGUAUGUGAUUAAAGAUGGCAGGAAGAAAAAUUAAAAUAAAGCUCUCUGGAAGAAACAGACAUUUUUAGACAUUAACUUAAUCAUAGAUUUGCUUUAAUAGAAUUUUUUUUGUUAUUUUUAUUAAUUUAAUUAAAGAGCAUUUAAUAUUAUGAAAAAAUUUACAAUUAACUACUUUAAUAAUUCUUACAUUAUAUAAAAGACUGUGAAAUGUAUAGUACAAUUAAAAUUGAGAAAAAACUAACAAUGUUUAUAAUGGAUCUAUGUGUCCAAAUAUUUUCUAUGUAACUAUAUAUUUUCUAAUUUUUCAAACUGUUCUUCUUGCUCUUCCUGUCAUCCUAAAAUACUGUAAAGAAUUUGUUGUGAAAAAUGUUACUUUAUCCUGCAAGAUAUGAACCUGAAUCUUUUUACAUUCUAUGUGGAUGUCUUGGCCAGUUGAAGCGUCUUAAUUCUGGCUAAGAUAAUAUUUUUUUGCAACAAAUUCUUUAUAGUAUUUUGAAGUGGAGAGAGGGAUUAUAUUAAUGCUAACAUCUUGUAAAUGUUAGUAUUAGUAUUAUUAAAUUAACAGUUUAAUGUUAUGAUGGAUGUGAUAAGAAAGAUCUUAUAAAUGCUAGUUAGAAUUAAUAUUAUUAAAUUGAUUAUCAAUUUAAUAUAUAUUGUAAUUUUAUUAUUCUGAUUUAAUUUAAGAAAUGUGUGUUUCAAGACCAAAGAGCAAUUUAAAGGAUUAGAAGAUAUAUAUAGAGUCACAUAGGAAAUAUUGUUUGAGCAUUAAGAUUUGCUAUGACUAUUGUCCACCUUUCUCGAUUUUAGUUAUGUUACACUCCGUUUUAUUUAUUUUAUUUGAAUAGAUAUUUUAUGAUUUUUUAGUUAUUUUGUUAAACAUAUAUUUACACAUAUUACAUAUCUAAAAAAUGUACAAAAAUAGUUUCAAGAUAAUAUAUUUUUGAAAUCAAAUUAUUAAGAUUUAGGAUUUGUAUAGGAUUGUCUUACAUAUUUUUCUAACAAAUGCAUAUAUGUAAUAUUACUUAAAUUAAUGAUCUUAAUCUAAUAGUCGCAAAAAUUAAAUGCGACUGUGUUGUUUGACAAUGAUGUAAUAUACAUGACAUCAACGAUGUUACAUCGUCGCUCGCUUGAGCGAAAGGGAAAGUAGGAAUAAAAUUUUUCCAAGUUGCGGAUGACAACUCGACUUAACAUAUCCGCAUGACAUGUACAUAUUUACAGCUGCAAUGUCGUUGCAGCUGUGCGUGGUUUAUGUACGAAUCCCACGUGCGUUUGUUUUCUAUGCCUGUAUGUACGUUCAAUGCACCGUACAUUUUUAUGCGGGAUACUAAGAGUACUCGCAUACUUCGAAAUAUUCUUUCUGUGUGCAGGAACAUAAUUUUGUAAGCAAUAAUAAAUAGUAAAACUAUUUAACGCUUACGCGUUAAUAAUGGCUACAAACAAUGUUUAAUAUAUUGUCAUUUUUAUUUUUAAA